AAUACCGCUUUAUUAAAUAGAAAAAUAAAGGUUGCAUUUCUUCCAUAGUUUUCAUCACCUUUUGGCUUUUGAAAAGCAUACCUUUUCAUUUUCUCUCUCUUUCUUACCCAAAACUCUCUCUGGAUAUCCUUGAAUUUUCAAUUUCAAUUCAGUGUCUUGAAAGCUUGCUUGUUGGAUGAUUGUGGGUUGGUAGCAGAGCAAUGAGUGGAGUCAGGAAAUCUACCUCAGCUAAUAGAAGAUUGAAGGACUUAUUGAAACAAACUGAUAAUCGCAUUUGUGCUGAUUGUGGUGCUCCAGAUCCAAAGUGGGCAUCAGCAAAUAUUGGUGUCUUUAUAUGCAUGAAAUGUUGCGGUGUGCACAGAAGCCUUGGUACGCACAUCUCCAAGGUUUUAUCUGUGGCAUUGGAUGAAUGGUCUGAUGAUGAAAUUGAUGCCAUGAUUGAAGUUGGAGGAAAUUCCUCUGCUAAUGCAAUCUACGAGGCCUAUAUACCUGAAGGUUAUUCAAAGCCUGGUCCUGAUGCUAGUCAUGAUGAGCGGAGGAGAUUUAUCAGGUCCAAGUAUGAACUUCAAGAAUUUUUGAAACCUAGCUUGCGGAUAACAUCAGGGAAAAGUUCUUCUGCUUCUCAUCGAUCAAGCUUAUCUGGAAAGAUUUUGGAUAGUUUCCAGUUAAUGUCAUCACAAGAAUCGGUAGGCAUGGUAGAAUUUGUUGGGUUACUGAAGGUCAAAGUGGUAAAAGGCACAGAUUUAGCCAUCCGGGAUAUGAUGACAAGUGAUCCUUAUGUUGUCUUGACUCUUGGGCAGCAGACUGUUCAGACGACUGUAAUAAAAAGCAACUUGAAUCCAGUUUGGAAUGAGGAACUCAUGCUGUCCGUUCCUCAAAAGUAUGGGGCUGUGAAGUUGCAAGUAUAUGAUCAUGACACGUUCUCGUCUGAUGACAUAAUGGGAGAAGCAGAGAUCGAUAUCCAGCCAUUGAUAACAUCUGCAAUGGCAUAUGGGGACCCAGAAAUGUUUGGAAAUAUGCAGAUUGGAAAAUGGCUCAAGUCCCAUGAUAACGCCCUAUUAGAGGACAGCAUCAUCAACAUUGUCGAUGGGAAGGUGAAACAAGAUGUGUCACUGAAGCUCCAAAACGUUGAAUCUGGAGAAAUUUAUCUAGAAAUAGAGUGGCUGCCACUUGAUCAGUAGACUGAGCAUAAAUAAUGUAAUCAUUCAUUGUUCCUCCAAAUAAAUUCUGUAACAUUGUUUGUUGUUUGAUAUGGAUGGAUAUGGAAACACAUGCUUGUCUUGUUUAUUUUAUUUUUUCAUUUAGACUUAAACUUUCAAGAAUUAAUUUCUGGCUCCUUGGCUUCUUGUCCAAUUUUGCUGAAAGGCC